AAGAAAAGAAGAAAAGGACAAUAUAUAAACCCCACCAGUCAUUUCGUCGUUGUCCUUCACGUCUACGCUCUCUCCAAGUCUGGAUCCGCUACGCUCUCUCUCUCUAAGUCAAGUACAGAAAGAAACAAAGAGUGAGGCUGGGAUCGGUUGGUGUUUCUUUCAUUUGUGAGGUUUUGGAGGUGUUUGGAUUGGAGGGAAAUGACUUCGCUGAGCAGAGAACUGGUGUUUCUGAUACUUCAGUUCCUGGACGAAGAGAAAUUCAAGGACACAGUUCACAAGUUGGAGAAAGAGUCGGGGUUUUUCUUCAAUAUGAGGUAUUUUGAGGAUUGUGUCACGAAUGGUGAAUGGGAUGAGGUGGAGAAGUACCUAUCGGGGUAUACCAAGGUUGAUGAUAAUAGAUAUUCAAUGAAGAUUUUCUUUGAGAUUCGGAAGCAAAAAUACCUUGAAGCACUGGACAGGAAUGACCAUGCUAAAGCUGUUGAGAUUCUUGUAAAGGACUUGAAGGUGUUUUCUGCAUUCAAUGAAGAGCUCUUUAAGGAAAUCACGCUGCUUCUAACCUUGGGAAACUUUAGGGAGAAUGAGCAACUGUCCAAGUAUGGGGAUACAAAGUCUGCGAGAGCUAUAAUGCUUGUUGAGCUUAAAAAGUUGAUUGAGGCAAAUCCACUUUUCCGGGAUAAGCUUCAAUUUCCUACCUUAAAGAACUCAAGGCUGAGGACAUUAAUCAAUCAGAGUUUAAAUUGGCAGCAUCAGCUUUGCAAGAACCCAAGGCCCAACCCUGACAUAAAAACCCUUUUUGUGGACCACACUUGUGGAACAUCGAGUGGUGCUCAUGCUCCGUCCCCUGUGACUAAUCCUCUAAUGGGUUCCAUUCCUAAAGUUGGUGGCUUUCCUCCAUUAGGUGUUCAUGGUCCUUUUCAGCCACCCCAAGGAUCUCUUACAACAUCUCUUGCGGGAUGGAUGGUUAACCCUUCUUCUGUGCCGCACCAAACAGUUUCUGUGGGGCCUAUUGGCCUUACUGUUUCCAGUAAUGCAGCAUCUAUGCUAAAGCGCCCUAGGAGUCCUACUAACAACCCGGCAAUGGAUUAUCAAACUGCAGAUUCUGAACAUGUGCUGAAUAGAUCAAGACCUUUUGGAUUAUCAGAUGCGGUUAAUAAUAUGCCUGUCAAUAUCUUGCCAGUGAUGUACCCUGGCCAGAAUCAUGCCCAUACUUUGUACUCUUCUGAUGACCUGCCAAAGACUGUUGUUGUGAACUUGAAUCAGGGUUCUGCUGUCAAGAGCAUGGAUUUUCAUCCAGUGCGACAAAUUUUGCUUCUUGUUGGAACGAAUAUUGGUGACAUCACAAUCUGGGAAGUAGGUGGGAGGGAGAGGCUUGUUUAUCGGAGCUUUAAGGUUUGGGACAUUGGAAAACGUACAAUGAAUUUGCAGGCGUUGUUGGCCAAUGAAUGUACUGCAUCUGUAAAUCGUGUGAUCUGGAGUCCUGACGGUGCUCUUUUUGGCGUUGCAUUUUCGAAGCAUAUGGUGCAGAUAUAUUCCUAUCAUGGUGGUGAUGAUUUACAGAACCACCUGGAGAUUGAGGCUCAUGUCGGUAAUGUUAGUGAUCUUGCCUUUUCACAUCCAAACAAACAACUAUACAUUGUAACUUGCGGAGAGGACAAGACCAUUAAGGUAUGGGAAGCUAUCAAUGGUAAUAAGGUGUACACUUUUGAGGGGCAUGAAGCACCAGUUUACUCUGUGUGCCCACAUCAAAAGGAAAACAUUCAGUUUAUCUUUUCAACGGCUAUUGAUGGGAAAAUUAAGGCUUGGUUAUAUGAUAACUUGGGUUCAAGAGUUGACUAUGAUGCUCCAGGUCAAUCUUGCACAACAAUGGCCUAUAGUGCUGACGGGACAAGGCUAUUCUCAUGUGGAACGAAUAAAGAAGGAGAAUCAUACAUUGUUGAAUGGAAUGAAAGUGAGGGGGCUAUCAAGCGGGAAUAUAAUGGUCUUGGAAAGCAGUCUGUGGGGAUUGUGCAGUUCGACACAACAAAGAGCCGGUUCUUGGCUGCUGGUGAUGAGUUCCAAAUCAAAUUUUGGGAAAUGGACAAUGUUAAAAUCUUGACAACUACUGAUGCAGAGGGUGGAUUACCGGCUUCUCCUUGCAUUCGAUUUAACAAGGAAGGGAUAUUGCUGGCUGUAUCAACAAGUGGGAAUGGUAUCAAAAUACUUGCAAAUGCGGAUGGUGUACGGCUUUUUCGUUCUAUUGAAAGUCGUGCAGGUGAUUCGUCCAGAGUGUCUUCUGCGACUUUUGCAAAGGGACCCAUGAUUAGCACCUUUGCUGGUUCCGGUUCAACUCAUGGAGCAACCAUAAUGGAUGCAGAUAGAAGUGCACCGAUGACAAUGAUGGCUGGACUGAAUGGAGAUAGCCGAAGUUUUCCAGAUGCAAAACCAAAUCAUACCGAUGAAUCGGAGAAAUUAAAGGGUUGGAAGCUGACUGAAAUCAGUGAAUCAUCUCAACUUCGUUCCCUGCGGCUUCCUGAUAGCCUGCUGCCAGUAAGGAUUAUUAGGUUGAUAUAUACAAAUUCAGGAGGUGCCAUUUUGGCAUUGACAUUCAAUGCUGUACACAAACUAUGGAAAUGGCAGAGAAAUGAUCGGAAUCCUUCGGGGAAGGCAAGUUCAAGUGUGCCACCACAGUUGUGGCAACCUGCCAGUGGAAUAUUAAUGACCAACGACAUAAGUGAGAUAAAUCUUGAAGAUGCUGUUCCAUGCUUUGCUCUUUCAAAGAAUGAUUCUUAUGUUAUGUCAGCCUCUGGUGGAAAAAUUUCCCUUUUUAAUAUGAUGACAUUCAAGACAAUGACAACAUUCAUGCCCCCUCCACCUGCAGCAACAUUUCUUGCCUUCCAUCCACAGGACAAUAACAUUAUUUUCAUAGGCAUGGAUGAUUCUUCUAUUCAAAUCUACAAUGUCAGGGUUGAUGGGGUCAAAAGCACGCUCAAAGGUCAUCAGAAGAGAGUAACUGGCCUUGCCUUCUCUAAAGUUCUAAAUGUUCUUGUAUCAUCAGGAGCUGACUCUCAGUUGUGUGUAUGGAGCAUGGAUGGAUGGGAGAAGCAGGCUAGUAAGUUCUUGCAGAUUCCCUCUGGGCGUGUAUCAUCUCCUCUUGGACAGACCCGCGUUCAAUUUCACCAAGAUCAAAUACAUGUGUUGGCUGUCCAUGAAACUCAAAUAGCCAUAUAUGAGACACCAAAGUUGGAGUGCCUUAAACAGUGGCUUCCCCGGGAAUCAAGUGGUUCAGUCACGGAUGCUACAUAUUCAUGUGAUAGCCAGUCAAUUUAUGCAAGCACUGAAGAUGGAAGUGUGUGUGUUCUUACUGCCACAACACUCCGACUCAGGUGUCGGAUUAGCCCUGCUGCAUAUUUACCUUCUAAUCCCAGGUAUGUUUUGUUGUUAGUUAUAAGCAGUAUGGGUACUGGUAACCAAUAUAUAUUUACAUUCUCCACGUUUGCCUUCUUACUGAUGCUACUGUUGGACAGCUCAAGGGUAUUUCCGGUUGUCAUUGCGGCACAUCCAUCUGAACCUAAUCAAUUUGCACUUGGACUUACUGAUGGUGGAGUACAUGUUAUGGAGCCGCCAGAAUCAGAGCGGAACUGGGGUGCCGCACCUCCACUUGAAAAUGGUGCUGGGCCGAGCAUCAACUCUGCUGCUGGUUCAGAUCAACAGGCAAGGUGAAGAUGAUUUAUUCAGGGCCUUUACUAAUGGCCUGCGUGCAUACCUCAGUGCAUGGACCCCUCUUAAUCCCAGGAAAAAACUGCCAAGUGUUAGGUUUCUUAGUUUGUAGGAUACACAGCCAUGCCUAGUGGCACGAUGCUUAGACAGUAGACCUUUGGUCAACCUGUGGGUUUGGGCAGAAAGUCUUGUAUACAUACUAAAGAAAGAAAAGGUUUACUAGUGUUGAUAUAAUAGAAGAAACAUUGUAAGUAGUUAUUAGGAUUGAGGGAGUGAUAUUUGCCUCUCUAGUACUGUAAUAUGGAAUGAUAAACUUUGUUGUUGUUGUUGUUGUUUUUUUUUUUUUUAAUCUUGUAGUGGAAGGUAUCUGUUUCUACUUUUCAUGUAUUUCUUCCACUAUCAGAUAUAAUUGAUCAAGCAUCAUAUCAUCUCUUCUGCCUA